CAGCUUGGGCAUCUGUCUCCUGGCACAAUGCGGGAGCAGGAAGAAUCUGGUUUAAAAUGCCUCCCCGUUGGAUGCCGUGGCCAUAAGGAAGUGUCCUCUCAUUUGAGCUUCCAAAGGAUCAUCCAGGCGGGCUGCGUCUAACCCUCUUUGUAUAUGGCAAAGUUUUUUGCAGAGCUGCUGGCCUGCACGCUGCAACGACGCAAGAGACGUUCCCCCAUGUUCCAGACUUCCUGUUUCAGCUCUUUGGUUAAUGAGAAGACCCUGUCUGAUUGCAAACAGGAAAGUAUGCCCCAGACGCCUCCCUUUGCAGCGAUGUUUGACAGCAGCGGCUACAGCCGAUACCUGUUCCAGUCCAAAGAGGACAGCUGUGAAGGGCUGUAUUACCAUGACAACAAUCUGCUCUCAGGAUCUUUGGAAGCUCUCAUCCAGCACUUGGUGCCCACUCUCGAUUACUAUCCAGAUAGGACAUACAUCUUUACUUUUCUGCUGAGCUCUCGGCUUUUUGUGCACCCUUAUGAAUUAAUGGCAAAAGUCUGCCAUCUCUGCACUGAGCAGCAGAGGCGAGUGGAUUCUGCGGCUGAUCAAGGCCGGUUAAGGAAAAUUGCCCCCAAAAUCCUACAACUCUUGGCUGAGUGGACGGAGACAUUUCCGUACGAUUUUCGGGAUGAGCGCAUGAUGAGAAAUCUAAAAGAAUUGGCCCACCGAAUAGCCAGUACAGAUGAGACCUAUCGGAAAAACGUGCAGCAAGUCAUCCAGAGCCUCAUUCGUAAGCUGGCUUCUCUUAACCAAUACGAGGAAGUUCUGGCAAAAAUCAAUGCUACUUCAACCGAUAGGCUGACGGUUUUAAAGACCAAACCCCAGGCCAUCCAACGAGAUAUCAUCACCAUUUGCAGCGAUCCUUACAUGUUAGCUCAGCAGCUGACUCACAUAGAGAUUGAGAGACUUAGUUAUAUUGGGCCACAAGAAUUUGUCCAAGCGUUUGUACAGAAGGAUACCCUGGACAAUGAGAAGAGUUCCUACGGGGAUCGGAAGAAGUCUCGGAAUCUGGAAGCUUACGUUGAAUGGUUCAAUAGACUGAGUUAUUUGGUUGCCACAGAAAUAUGCAUGCCUAUCAAGAAAAAACAUAGAGCAAGAAUGAUAGAAUACUUCAUUGAUGUCGCUCGAGAGUGCUUCAACAUCGGCAACUUUAACUCUUUAAUGGCUAUUAUUUCUGGCAUGAAUAUGACUCCUGUCUCCAGAUUAAAGAAAACUUGGUCAAAAGUCAAGACUGCCAAGUUUGACAUUCUGGAGCAUCAAAUGGACCCUUCCAGCAAUUUCUACAAUUACCGCACUGCCCUGCGUGGGGCCACCCAGAGGUCUUUAACAGCUCACAGCAGCAGAGAGAAGAUUGUGAUCCCAUUUUUCAGCCUGCUUAUCAAGGACAUUUACUUCCUCAACGAGGGCUGUGCCAAUUGCUUGCCCAAUGGCCACGUCAAUUUUGAAAAAUUUUGGGAACUGGCUAAACAAGUGAGUGAGUUUAUGACAUGGAAGCAAGUGGAAUGUCCUUUUGAGAGGGAUCGGAAAAUCCUUCAGUACCUGCUCACCAUUCCAGCUUUCAGUGAGGAUGCACUUUAUUUGGCGUCGUAUGAAAGUGAAGGCCCAGAGAAUCACAUUGAAAAAGACAGGUGGAAGACACUCAGGUCCACGCUUCUGGGAAGAGGUUAAUGCGUGGCUGGGUCCUUGCUGCAAUUGCUGCUAUGAUCUUGACAUGGGUUCUUAAUGAUGAAGGCCAUGGCUGAGGUCGCUUAUUUAUUUACCCAUCCCUCCUCUCCUCCUCUUGACGGCCAAGAGGCCUUUUAAGUUAUGAGAGCUAAAUAGUUGGUGAAGAGCAAGUCGGGACAUGAUGCUGAGAAGAAAGCCAAGCUGACUUGAGUGCAGGAAAGGCAGCUUUCCCCUACCCACUGGAAUGUCAAGUUGGGUGGCGUGGGCUUGAUCAAAGACAACCCAGUGAAGAAAGCCUUUUGAAGAUCUGAGUCUACUGUGAAUCAUUUUGAAGCACCUGGAUGGGAUUCCCCCUUCCUCAUCCCAUUCCACCUGCAAACUCUUGUUAAGACUUCUGCUACUUCACCCCUGGAUUCCAAAUAGAACUUCCCUUCAAUCUAUCCAAGGCCAACUGGACUGUUUUCAGAUGCCACAUGAUCUAAAGAAGAUCUUAGCUGGUGAUUCUCCUCAAAGAAAUCUAGGAACAUUUGCAUUUUUCCCUUGAGGGGAUAAAGGCUCACGGUGCAGUGUUAUUGAGGAGUUCCUAAGAUGCUCAGCUAUUUAUUAUGAAAAGGGGCAUGAGUGCUCUGGAUUUUUUUUGUUUGUUUGUUUGUUUGUUAGUUUGUGAGUUAGCUGCUGGUUGGCCAACUCGAACUGGAUGUUAUUUGGAUAUUUAAAAGUUAAGUUCAGCAUAGCGCUAAGAGAAGCAGAGGCUAGAAAGCUAGGUAGCAAAUGUAGCUAGACUAUGUAGAAAAGUCACUCUUCCAAUCCCUCCUCUUAAAUGUACUGUUGUGCUGUUUUUCAUCUGGGCACAUCUGCGCUACAAAGCCAUCUGAAUUGGGCAUGAAGCCAGUUUCAUUUUGUGACUUUUGCCUGCGAAUUUUGGGACAGAAAUCCUAACUUAGCCCAAUUUUGAAAGAGGGACCCAUUGGAAUAAGUGGGACUCCAGCUUUCGAGGUUGUUCAUCGGUAGGACAACUAAGUGGCCUAUAGAAUAUUUAUUUCCGAAACUGGAGAGCGAGAAUAAUCAAGAGAGGUUUGGAACUGGCUUACAUUUUGUGAGGUGGACUUACCCAAAAUGUCUGUACUUUUCUGCGUCUUUUUCUCCACUAUAUUAUUGAAUUAAUUGAUUUUGUUUUAUCCAAGAGAGGGGGAAAAAACCUGCUGAGAUUCUAGGUAGAUAUAAAUUAUGAUUUUACAGGUUUUUUUUUAAAAAUGUGCAGAGAUAAUAUCCGAUCUAGCAAUGCUAAUUUAAACUCUGAAAUCCUACAGACCACUGAAAGUUUCCCCUAGCUGAGUCUCUAGCUAUAAGCUAAAGAUUUGUUGUUGUUUUUUUACUUGCUUCAAGAAUCUCUGAAAGUUGCUUUGACUACAAAACCUGUGAUGUCAGUAGUAGCUCUGAAUGCAUAGUCCCCAUAAUGCCUUCCCCAAGAAAUUCUGAAAAAUUAAAAGAACCCCCAGGCUGUUAACAAGUGAUAUCCAGCAAAAGGAUUUGUAUGAAAUAUGCUAUUCCUCAAAAUUAAUAAUAAAUAAAAAUACACCGUUUGAUUGUU